CCCAGUGCUGGGCACACAUGGGAAGGAUGCUGAAGAAUGGAUACCCCCCUUUUGGCUUUUAGAACAUGGACACUUGUAUAAAGAUGCAGCUGUGAUCCUCGGCUGUGUGUCUCACCGAAGGGACCUGAUGUUUUACGUUAUUGGUGGGAUCACAGUGUCUGUGGUAGCCUUCUUCUUCACCAUUAAGUUCUUCUUUGAGCUCGCCGCACGUAUAGUCAGCUUCCUUCAGCAUGAGGACCGGGAGCGCCGAGGGGAGCGAACUAUUUAUGACUACGUGCGAGGCAACUACCUGGAUCCCCGGUCCUGCAAAAUCUCCUGGGAUUGGAAGGACCCCUAUGAGUUAUUCUAUAAGAAUGGGCAGCCCUUCCCUGCUCACCGGCCUGUGGGGCUCCGAGUUCACAUCUGCCAUGUGGAGCUAGCAAUUGAUAUUCCUGUAACCCAGGAAGUUCUUCAGGAGCCUAAUUCCAAUGUGGUGAAAGUGGCCUUCACUGUGCGCAGGGCUGGGAGAUAUGAGAUCACUAUAAAACUCGGUGGCUUGAAUGUGGCCUACAGUCCCUACUACAAGGUGUUUCAGCCAGGGAUGGUUGUUCCCUCCAAAACCAAAAUUGUCUGCCAUUUCUCCACUCUGGUGCUGACCUGUGGACAGCAGCACACCCUGCAGAUUGUUCCACGAGACGAGUAUGACAAUCCCACCAGCAAUUCUGUGUCCCUGAUAGAUGAGCACAAUUACAGCCUCUCCAUCCAUGAGCUGGGUCCUCAGGAAGAUGACGAGAGCUCGGAUGUUUUGUUUGAGAAGUCCGUGGUGUCCAAUCGGCAAACUUGCCAAGUGUUCUUGCGACUCACCUUGCACCGCAGGGGAUGUUUCCAUGCCUGCAUCUCCUACCAGAACCAGCCCAUAAGCAAUGGGGAUUUUGACAUCAUUGUCCUAAGUGAGAAUGAAAAGAACAUUGUAGAACGCAACGUGUCCACCUCGGGUGUCAGCAUUUACUUUGAAGCCUACCUGUACAAUGCUUCCAGCUACACCAACACACAGUGGCACCUCCCGCCCACACACCUGAGCUCCUCCCAGCGCCGCUCUUCUACGGCAACCGAGGAUGAGGAUGAAGAUUCUCCCUCUGACAGCCAAACUCCCGAGAAAGUGAAGAAACCCAAAAAAGUGUACUGCUAUGUGUCACCUAAGCAAUUCUCAGUAAAGGAGUUCUACCUGAAGAUAAUUCCUUGGCGCCUUUUCACGUUUAGAGUGUGUCCUGGCACAAAGUUCUCAUACCUUGGUCCUGACCCUGUGCACAAACUACUGACACUGGUGGUGGAUGAUGGGAUCCAGCCCCCUGUGGAGCUCAGCUGCAAGGAGAGGAACAUCUUGGCAGCCACUUUCAUUCGCUCUCUGCAUAAAAACAUAGGAGGCUCAGAGACCUUCCAGGACAAGGUGAACUUCUUCCAGCGGGAGCUGCGUCAAGUGCACAUGAAAAGGCCUCAUUCGAAGGUCACGCUCAAGGUCAGCCGUCACUGUCUGCUGGAGUCGUCUCUCAAAGCAAUACGGAAUUUUUCAGUUUCUGACUGGAGCAAAAACUUUGAAGUGAUUUUUCAGGAUGAAGAAGCUCUGGACUGGGGAGGUCCACGCAGAGAGUGGUUUGAGCUCAUCUGUAAGGCGUUAUUUGAUACCACCAAUCAACUCUUUACCCGUUUUAGUGAUAACAACCAGGCCCUGGUUCAUCCAAACCCGGGGCGUCCUCCCCAUUUACGGCUGAAAGUGUAUGAAUUUGCAGGCCGCCUGGUGGGGAAGUGUCUUUAUGAAUCAUCUCUGGGCGGUGCUUACAAGCAGCUGGUGCGAGCUCGUUUCACCCGAUCCUUCCUGGCCCAGAUCAUAGGGCUGCGUAUGCACUACAAGUAUUUUGAAACAGAUGACCCAGAAUUCUAUAAAUCCAAGGUUUGUUUCAUACUGAACAAUGAUGUGAGUGAGAUGGAUCUGGUCUUUGCUGAAGAGAAGUACAGCAAAACAGGACAGCUAGAGAAGGUGGUUGAACUUGUGACCGGAGGGGCUCAGGUGCCUGUAACCAAUGAAAACAAAAUCUUAUAUUUGAAUCUGCUCGCGCAGUACAGGCUGGCUAAUCAGGUUAGGGAGGAAGUGGAUCACUUCCUGAAAGGUCUUAAUGAACUUGUUCCCGAGAACCUCCUCGCUAUCUUUGAUGAGAAUGAGCUAGAGUUGCUUAUGUGUGGUACUGGGGACAUCAAUGUCUGCGACUUCAAGGCGCAUGCUGUAGUGGUAGGAGGAUCUUGGCAUUUUCGUGAGAAGGUCAUGAGGUGGUUUUGGACUGUGGUCUCCAGUUUCACACAGGAAGAGCUGGCCAGACUCCUGCAGUUCACAACUGGUUCCUCCCAGCUGCCCCCAGGAGGAUUCGCUGCACUCUGCCCGUCUUUCCAGAUCAUUGCAGCGCCGACCCACAGUACAUUGCCGACAGCCCACACUUGUUUUAACCAGUUGUGCCUCCCAACUUACGACUCCUAUGAAGAAGUGCACAAGAUGCUGCAGCUAGCUAUCAGUGAGGGUUGUGAGGGCUUUGGCAUGCUGUGAUUUCUCCUUUCCAGGAGUCUACUCAGUCUCCUGGCUCCUCAUGGCCAGGCCAAGGUACAAUCUG